AUGGCCGACUACUCUUCUACCGCCGCACCCGGUACUGGUACCAAUGGCCCGAACAUGAACGGUACCAACGAGGCGAAUUUCUCGGCGCCUGCACCCAUUGCCCCUAACCCCGAUGCCCCAAAAACACUCUGGAUGGGUGAAAUGGAGGGCUGGAUGGAUGAAACGUUCAUAAAAAAUGUGUUCCAGACCGUUAUGGGGGAAUCUGUCCAGGUGAAAGUUAUUCGCGACCGUAACUCUGGCAACGCGGGUUACUGCUUUGUUGAAUUCCAAACUCCGGAAGCUGCUCAGAAAGCGCUUGGUUUGAAUGGCACCCCCGUUCCCAAUUCAAACCGUGUUUUCAAGCUCAACUGGGCCUCUGGCGGUGGCCUCGUUGAUCGACGCGACGAUCGCGGUCCGGAAUACAGCAUCUUCGUCGGCGAUCUUGGCCCCGAAGUCAACGAAUUCGUCUUAGUCUCCUUGUUUCAGUCUCGUUUUCCGUCAUGCAAAUCCGCCAAGAUUAUGACAGACGCCAUGACAGGCCAAUCGCGCGGCUACGGCUUCGUUCGCUUCAGUGAUGAGGCUGAUAUGCAGCGCGCUCUGGUUGAGAUGCAGGGAGUUUACUGUGGCAAUCGCCCAAUGCGCAUCUCUACGGCUACCCCUAAGCAACGCUCUCAUCAUCAUCAGUAUGGUCAUCACCCGCCCGCCCCGAUGAUGCCCCCGGUUCCCGGCCAUCCGGCGGCCCCUCCAAUGUGGGGUAACUACCCGUACUAUGGGCAGCAGUACAACCCUAUCCAACCUAUGAACCAGUUCACGGACCCGAACAAUACCACUGUGUUUGUUGGUGGCCUAUCCGGUUACGUUACUGAGGACGAGCUCCGGUCCUUUUUUCAGGGCUUUGGAGAGAUCACUUACGUCAAGAUCCCCCCUGGCAAGGGCUGCGGCUUUGUCCAGUUCGUUCACCGUCACGCCGCAGAAAUGGCCAUCAACCAAAUGCAGGGCUACCCAAUUGGCAACUCGCGUGUCCGUCUAUCUUGGGGCCGCUCUCAGAAUAACUCCGGCGUAGGCACUCCCUACCGUCCUGCUCCUCCGCCACCCCAUUAUAUGGGUGGCAUGCCCCCCCAUGGUGCUCCCCCGGCUCCCGGCUACGGUCCGCCGUUCGGUGGGAAUCCCCCUCAGGGCCCUCCCCCCGGCCCUAUGGCCUAA